CAAGGCUUCUAGAGUAUGUGGUGCCAGCUCAGUACACUGGUACUUUGAAGCCUCUCUACAGAUGCCUUAGGGAACUGGCUGAGAAAAAGCAGCAGGAAGGAGAAGAAGCUGCUUGCCUCGACUACGGUGGAUGAGUGAGACUCCCUACACCCCAGGGGCUGCUGGCACGACUCCUGGUAGUAGCCUCAUCCCCUUAUGCAGGAGAAGGACACGGAUGUGCUGCCUUGCAGUUACUACAGGCCCUGCACCACAAUAUCCAUGCAACAGUGGGUGAGAUGUGGGUAGUAAAGAUCCCAUCUCUGCUGCAGUACAUUGAAGGUAAAGUGCUAGUUAGGAGGAGUGCAGUCCAUGGAGAAUAGAAGGGAAGCCAGAAAAAGCAGCUUCAUAUUGACAGGUGUUGUGCCAUUCCUGUUGCAGUCCAUGGGAACAGUGGGGAAUUGAAAUUGGGCUUCUAGGCCCUCACUUUUCCUUCAUCUGGAUAACUGUGAACCACUGGGGUAAAUCCAGAGUUGAACCACUGAAGCCAAUUCAAUCCGGGCAGAAUCAGGCCAGGAAGGUUUCAGCUGGAUGGAAAUUCUACAGCGGUUUCCCCCACACCUUUGCUAGGUUAUUAAUUGAGAAGGUGAAUACACAUGAAGCUGGAGGUUAGUGAACUAUUUUGGGGUUACAUAUAUAGUCUGAUUUUGCAAACUGAAUGUUUCUGAAAAUUAAACCCCAUGUUUACUUUCAGGGGUGAUUCAAUUAAAAAACCCAGAGUUUUUCUUUCUGUAAGGAAACCUGAGCCAUAAAAGCUAGGUUGGCCAAGUGGGUGCCCUAUGUAGAAUCUAGGUAUUGUGGGCCUAAUAAUGUCUUUCAGCAAUUUUACAGUGGUAUGAAUCUAUUGAUCUCUGUGGAAAAAACCCUUCAGUCAGCGUAGGCUGUGUCUACACUAUGGGUUUAUGCCAGCACAGCUCCAAUGACAUGGCUGUGCCAGUAUAGUCUCUGUGGAGUAUGACAGACCCUACGUGGAGCACAAACCCAAUAUGUUUCUGAUGAAUGUUGAACCCCACAAUGUUCAAGUGGGUUUGAUAUUCAAAAAAAGGUUUAAAAAUGAGCUGUAUCUUCCCUAGUUGUUGUUGCUGUACAGAGUCCCCAGUACUACCUUGUGCCGACAUUAAAGAAGGGUAGGUUAGAGCUGGACAUUCAGAAACAGGGCCAGAUUCUCAGCUGAUGUAAUUCAGUAUAAUUCCAUUGACUUCAGUGAAGCUACACUGAUUUACAUCAAGUUAGGAUCAAGUCCAGUAUCUCUUAUUAUGCAGGAAAAGGUUGUAUUCAUAUUAAACCCAGUCUUCUGAUGUGUUGAACAGUUUUGUGAGGUGCUAAGCACCCUUGGCUCCCAUUAAAGUCAACAGGAAUUGGGAGUGCUCAGCAUCUCACUCCUGGUGGGUUGACUGACCCUGAAUAAAAAUGCCAGCAGGGUACAUAACAUGAUACUUUCUGUUAGUCCAACAAAGAACGUUGGCGUAGGUCCCAUUUAGCCUUGAAAGCCCAGGUAUGUUACAGCUUGGCAGAGCAGGGGUCUUAGAAGGGCUGACUGCAAAGGAGAUUCCUGGGAUGAUUCUUCUUGCUAACCUAGGUGACAUUAUUGUUUUGCCUUCUGCUUCAUAGGAAACACAGAGAAUUCCCUAGACCAUGCACAGUGGGAGCACAUGCUGCUUCAGUUCCUAAGAACAUCUCUGGAGAUGAUAGACGACAGUGCCUGGAGCAGCCAGAUAAACCUUGAAUUGAGCCAGCAGAUGGCCGGCUACGCCAGCCCCUUGAAAGAGAAGGGAGUCAUUUCCAUCCUCGCAUUCUCUGCUGAGAGCCACUUGGACCUCACCCUGAACGCACUUCACGAGUUUGGGGCUGCAAGAGCAAAGUUAAGAUUUCUGGGUUCAUCAGCCGCCUGAAGGACUACCACCAUGGGAAAAGAGGCAAGACUCGCAGCACCCUGAUGCUGACAUACAGCAGCAUGGCUGUCCAUGCUCCAAAAGACCAGCUUCUCUCCCGAGUAGAGGCAGACAUCACAGGGAACAUCCUUCACCAUUACAGAGCCAGUUGUCAGGUGCUGGGCAUCACUGUUGGGAACAAGGACAUGUACCUAAAAUUAACCCUCAUCCAGAAUGUCAUGGAGAUUAGCUGUGCCAUCUUGGAGACCAGAGACUCCCAGGAGUUCAAAUUCUCUUACAAACUGGAGCUCCUUGGCUACAUGCUGGACUUCAUUAAAAAGGAACCACUGGAUUCCAUGGCAUCUCCAGUUCGCUACAAGGCAAUGCUUGCCAUUGAACAUCUGAGCAAACUCAAACCAUCUAUGACCUUGGAGAAAAACCGUGAGCUCCUUGAUCAGUGUUUCAAAAGUUUAUUUCCCCUUCCUCCCUUGGAGAAGAUGAAAGAGGAAGCCGAGACAGCAAAGGAUGCUCUGCUUAUACAAUCACUGUACGUGAGGUCCUUGGAAGCCCUUGGCAAGCUAACGAAGGCUUUGCUGGAGGAAGAACCAACCGCAGACUGGUUCCAGGAAAUGUUUGAAGCUCUUACACUGUGUGAAUGACUGCGCUAUCUGGGCAGCAUGCUCCAGUAGGGUGAGACGACCACGCUAAUGAAACCCACAGAUGAACCCAGUUCUAACCUACAACCGGCGAGUCACAAACCCAAACCCAGAGAAAUAACAGAGGAGCCACCUGCGAACGAUCUUGGAAAAAUGCUGUCAGUACAACUGGGGAGCAUCCAUUGCAGCACAAGAGUGAGAGUGGGCAGCAGAUAAGACUUGAUACGAACUUGAUGCUUGACAUGAGAAAACGAGACAGCUCAAGCAGCACAACCCAGUGCCUAGACUCUAUGGUGACGUGUGCUGUAGAAAUGUGAUUGAUCAAUGUCGUCAUGGCAUAGCUUCCACAGAGCACCAGCUGUCUCAGAUCAUCCAUGCACCUCAUAUUUGUAGUGCCCCUUUCCACCUGAUGACCUCCUUUAAUGCCAACCUCCUGAUGGACUUUGAUGGACAGGCCGGGUUCCUCUGGAUCCCGCCUGCAGCACUGCAGGGUGUAACUUCCUGAUUUUCUUCCCAUAGGCAUUGAUUUGGCAGUGCCUUCACCCCUCUCAGUCCUUCCCCUGGCAGGGUCACUGGGGCAGCUUGAAAGGAAAAUUCUAACCACAGAGCAACCCCCACUUACGUGCCAGAUGGUUGGAGACUCCCAAGAAAUGACAAACACACACAAUGUAUGCAAGAGUAUAUGAUAUUAAACAGGAAGUAACUAUAACAGAACAGGGUAAACACUACUGCUAGGGUCACCAGUGCCCACACUGUUAAUACCCUUCAAUUUCCCCAGUCACUUGACCUGAUAGAGCAAGAGUAAAACGCAGUGUCCCAUUGGUACAUGUACUUUGUAGGGGCCCUUGAUCACAGGCGCCAACUUUCCAAUGAGCCAGGGGGUGCUUGACCCCCAGGUCUGCCCCAGGCCCUGCUCCCACUCCACCCUUUCCUCCAAAU